UUCCUCAUUCUCUGCUUUAUUCCAACUCUCACCUCCUCCGCAUAACACAGCCCCUCCCACUGUGGAGUCCCACUUUAUCUUUUUUUCUGAAAAGAGAGAGUCCUUCAAGUGAAAGUUGGAAGAGUGAGAUCUCAGGAUGAACUAGACACUGGCAGCCUGACAAAAAGCAAGUGGAGCAAACAGCAGCUGAAGAGUCGAGUCGAUUGAUGACCUCACAUUUGUGCCUCGUUAGCGUAGGAUUAAAAAGCUGGCCGAACCUUGCAGCUUUUUUCUCAGUUGGGUCAUCGCAAUGUCUCUGCAGGUCAUAGUGAGGUCUUCCAUCUUGGCCUUGCUGCUGGCUGAGGUUUCCUGCCUGCCUGUUCAACAAGGUGGAUACUCGAGGUACUCUGUUGCUCCGACCAAUGUUCAGGGAAACCACCAGAUGAACCAACUAGGCCAUUACCAGCCCGCUAUGCAGCCUCGAGCGCUGCCUCACAAGACCCAAGCAGCGCCUAAAGGUGUCGGCUUCGCCCAGCAAGAACCUGUGCCACAGACGGGACAAUACGUUUCUGAAUGGGCUGUUGCCCCGCUAGCCAUGCACACCCAGAGUGAGGCAGCUGAGUCAGCGUAUGUUAGCCCACCAGUGCUGCCUCCUGAGUCCCAGUUCCAGGCAGGGGACCUGUACCACUACAAGACUCUCUCUGAGCACGGCCUAGCUGAAUCUGAAACAGAGGAGCUAGGAUACUUGCUUCCUCCACCUCCACCUGAAUCACCGCCGAGUGUCGCCAGCCGGCCCCCGCCUCCUCCUCCUCCAAAGUUUGGCCCUGGUCUAGUCUGGGGUGUCUAUCCUCCUUACACCCACAUGUUCUUGACAGGGCAGAUUCCCAAAGGAACGCUCAGGCACUUCAGUGCAACAUAUGAGAAGGGGAAUGACAACUGGGGAGAAGACCAUUACGAGAGCUACCACUAUCCAUCAGAACCGAUUCCGCCGAGUGAUCCAACAACUCAGAACAAAGUCUUCCCCUCUAAAUGAAACAGUGUUGCAAGAUUAAAAAUAAAAAAAAUAAAGAAAAGCCAGGAAUCUGCUUUUGCUGUCUUGGAGCUUUAUAAGAUGGACAUUUUUGGAAGUCAUAAAUUCAACUGAUGGCUGAGGGUUAAAUAAAGCUCCUUGUUCAAAACCCAGUUGAAUGGCACAGGUCAAUGGUCAGAUCCUGCAAGGCUUCAAACACUGUGUGCUGCGUUUCCACAACACACACAGCUGUCACACCCCCCUGGACCAUGCCUGUGGAAAUGUGGCUCUAUUUUGGGGUCUUGUGUUCUUCGAAAGGUCAGAUAAAGAAGCCCAGGCAUCCUCACAAAUGGGAAAUGGUGUCGGGUGAAGGAGGUGAGGGUGGACAUAGCCACAGACAAGUCAGAGCAGCAGGCGAGAGGGCAGGACAGAGGGUUCACUGUCGAGGAUCUCGAAGAUGGAAGAAGCAGCCAGAAAAACAGAGCCUUCAGAGAUCACUCUUGAUUCUGACCCCGACAACCAGACAGGUGAGACACAGGUGUCGGGGAGAGAGGAUUCAGUAGUAUCAGCCAGUGUGGAAGAAGCACAUGAAGAAGCGAAGGUGACGGAGGAGAAUGAGAAAGAGGAAGGUAUAGAACCGGAAAAGACAGAAGAGGAUGCUGAUACAGCAGACAAGGAUGAAGCUCAGGCAUCUGAGUUAGAAGUCGAAGAUCAUGACCAGGACAAGAAGCCCUGUGAUGCAGAGGCUGACAACUCAACACCAAAAGAAGAAAGUCAGGACAAAGACAAGCAAGAAAAAAAGACAGAGGAGAGAACAGAUGAAUCAAAGAACAAUGAAACAGGGGAAGCUGAGGUGGAGUUGAAGGACCAAAGCAAUGAGACUAAAGCAGUUGAAAAUGAAAAGGUCGAGAAUGAUUUGAACCAGAAGACUUCAAGAGGAGCGGAAAAAAAGAAAGCGAAAACCAAAGAAGCUAAAGUAGAGGAGAAGGAAACAGAAGCUCUGAAGGAAUCUGAGAAGCAAGGGAAGACAAAGAGAAAAAGCGCACCUCCUUCUUUGUCUCGCCCCAGACCCUCUGCUAGAGCCAUGAGGGCUUCUGCGAAGAAGGAUAUCAUCGCCAAGUUCCAACAGGGUGCCCCAGAGACUCCGAUACCAUGCAAUUUCAAAAUUCAAAAGUCAUCGACAGCUCUGGCCACAGGUGCUUCGAUUAAACAGAAGAUGCUUCAGUGGUGUCGCAACAAGACCCGAAAGUAUGAGGGCAUCAACAUUGAGAACUUCUCAUCUUCCUGGUGUGAUGGAAUGGCUUUCUGCGCGCUCAUCCAUCGUUUCUUUCCAGACGCCUUCGACUUCAGCACUUUGAACCCGAAAGAGAGGGAGAAGAACUUCACCUUGGCCUUUAGAACUGCAGAGUCUCUAGCGGACUGUUGCCCUCUGCUGGAGGUCGAAGACAUGCUCAUGAUGGGGAACAACCCAGACCCCAUGUGUGUGUUCACCUACGUCCAAUCCCUUUGCCACAGUCUCACCAAGAUCGAGAAGGAAAGGAAGGACAAAGAAAAGGAGAAAGCAAAUGAGGAAAACAAGCAAAAGGAGGAUGCUGCAGAGGAAAUCUCAACGGAGAAAGAUGAUGGGGAGCUAGGGGGCGAGACAGUGGACGUGGAGAAUAAAAACAAUGAGGAAGGAGAGGAGACACACAACACAUGUGAGGCGGGGGAGAAUGGGUGUGCGUUAGUUGAAGCAGAAUCUUAGUUGAUGGGAUAGGACGCCGGGUUAGAAAGUCUUAGCUUGAAUAUCAGUGGUGUGGAGAAGAAAGACGACUUUAAGUACCUUUGUGUUUUUUUUUGUUUGUUUUUUUUAUUCACUGAUUAAGAUUUGUUUUGUGCACAGACAUUUGAUUUUGCUUUAUAUGAAUAAAUGUGAUUCCUGAUUUUAUAUGCAGCAUAAAAUUAAUUUGCAUCAGACACACUAUGAGCGCGGGUCAUUUCCUACAGAGAUGCAUGGAGAUCCAGUGUUGAGGAUUCAAGUCGGCCAUGUUGUCUGCAUUUGUGUGCCUCUUAAAAAUGUCAAAUAAUGGACUGUUAGUGAUCUGUUGAUGCUGAAAGCCAAGUUAACCAGUACAAAUAUAUUUAUGUUUAAUAUACUCUAAAUGACUAAAUAUACUCUAAACUCUUUGUUGCUUGGUGUGAGCUGAACCAUCUGCAGCUCAAUGUGGCAAAGUCCAAAGAACUGGUGGUGGCCCCAAGGAGGACCAAGUCUCAUGUGACCCCCGUUUCCAUCCGGGGGGGUCAACGUGGAUACGGUCGAGGACUAUAAAUAUCUUGGGGUCUACAUAGACAAUAAACGGAACUGGGCUCGGAACACUGACGCCGUUUACAAAAACGGUCAGUUUUUGUAAAGUUGUCAGUUUUGUUGAGUUGUCUCUUUUUCUUGAGGAGGAUCAGGUCCUUCAACAUCUGCGGGACAAUGCUGAGGAUGUUUUAUGAGUCGGUGGUGUCCAGUGCAAUUCCGUUCGCUGUGGUUUGCUGGGGCAGCAAAUUAAUGGUGGCGGACACUAACAGACUCAACAAACUCAUCCGCAAAGUUCGUGAUGUGGUGGGGGUGAAACUGGACUCCUUGGAGACGGUUAUGGAGAGAAGGAUGCUCCUGAAACUAUGGAGCAUCCUGGACAACAUCACCAAUACAACAACAACAGGAGCACAUGGACCAAUAGACUGAGACUACCCAACUCAAAGACCGAGCGCCACAGGAGCUCCUUUCUUCCCGUGGCAAUAAAAACAUACAAUUUGUCUCUGAAAAAAUACAAUGAAGGGAUUU